GUCUAUGUCCAGGGCUCGAGAACAAUCAGUGAGUGUCUGUGUCUGAUUUUUUUUUCUUUCAACUACGAUAACAUUAACAUUAACAGAACACAUAGUAAAAAUAUAAAGGACACAGUAGACAUUAGACAAUAUAGACAAGAUGUAUAAUCCUUAUGGGAAUGCAGCUGAACAACAACAACAACAGCAACAACGUCAAUUUGUAGGACAACAAAAUUUACAACAUCCUCAACCUCAACAUGCCGCUUUCCAACCACCACCACAACAAUUUAAUGGAGUUGCACCAACACAAGGUGGAUCAACAGCAUAUACAUCAUUUUUAAAUGAUCCAGCUGCUUCAUUGGCUACCCAAUUUGCUAGAAGUGGAUUUGAACAAUCUAAUCAAUAUAUUCAACAAAAUUUUGGACAAUUUCUUCCCACCACUACUAAUGAUUUAAAAUAUUAUUUUCAAGUUAGUAAUUCAUAUGUUGUUAAAAAAUUAUUCUUAAUUUUAUUUCCUUAUAGAAAUAAGAAUUGGAAUCGAUUAAAUUUACAAGAUGCUACUGGAGAUAGUUCAUCACCAAAUUCUCAACAAUAUGCUCCACCAAAUUUAGAUGUUAAUGCUCCAGAUUUAUAUAUUCCAUUAAUGUCAUUUGUUACAUAUAUAUUAUUAUGGGCAGCAUUUCAAGGGUUAAAGGGAGAUUUUCAUCCUCAAUUAUUUGGAUAUUUAUCAUCUCAAACUCUUGCAUUUUCAUUUCUUGAUAUUUCAAUAUUUAAAAUUGGAUUAUAUUUAUUAAAUUGUUCAUCUCAAGCUUCAUUAUGGGAUUUAGUAGGAUUUUCAGGUUAUAAAUAUGUUGCAAUUAUUGUUUUAUUAUGUUGGAAACAUCUUAUAAGUGAUGGAUGGUUAACUUAUUAUCCUAUAGUACUUUUAUUAAUUGCAAAUUUAGCAGUAUUCCUUAUGAGAUCUUUAAGAUUUAUAAUUUUACCAAAUUUAACUUCCGGUACAACGACAAUUACUGUUAAACAAAGAAGAAUUCGAGUACAAUUUUUAUUUAUAUAUUCGGUGAUUAUUCAGGGGUUAAUUAUUUUAUUUAUGAGUAGAUAGUACAGUCUACAUAUACAUCAUACAAUGUGUAUAAUAUAGAUAAUAUAUACAAUAUAUAUACAAUAUAUACAAUAUAUAUAUAUAAUAUAAUAUAUAACAUAUAAUUCUAAUAUAGUAGUAGUAGUCGUCUAUAGUGGUGUUUAGCCACAUGCACGACAUAUGCAACUCAUUA